AUGAACGGCUCUUCAAAAUCAUCGUAUGGUAAUUGCGAUACGUGCGAUCAACCACAAACUGACAACGGAUGGUGUUCUGUGUGCCAAACUAAAAUAUUUCAAGAGAAUUUUAUAAAUUGGACGAGUGGUAAUCAAAAAAUUGAUGAACUAAUCCAGGAGACGCAAAUUAAUCCAAUCAACCCUGGUCGAAUAUUGGAAUGGAUACCAUAUGAAAAGAUUAAAAUCGUGAAAAAAAUAGGCAAAGGUGGCUUUAGCACUAUUUAUGAAGCAAUUUGGACUGAUGGCCCAAUAAUUUGGGAUGGUGUAAAGUUGAACAGAAAAUCUAAUUGUAAAAUUGCUUUGAAAAAUUUGGAUACUUCAUCUGAAUCUUUGAGUGACGAAUUCUUAAACGAGUUAAAACUUCAUUUACAUUGUAAUACAAAAAGACACUUAAAUAGACUUGCUUUAGACAAAAAAAAUAAUAGCUCAUCUGGUAAUGAAAAUCAAUUAGAAUCUAAUUUAGAACAAUUUUCAUGUGAAGAAUCUGAGGAAAGUUGGUUUGAAGAAGGAAUAGAUAGAGAAUUAGAUGAAAAUUCUGUAAAAUAUAUUGAUAUCCUCAAUGAAUUCAUGAAAAAUUACACUUCAUCAUCAAGACUUUUGUGCUAUAUAGCAGAUUUUAGUAGUGAAAAUGAAAGUUCUGAGGAAUUUAUUGAAAGUAAUGAUAAAGAAAUGACAGAAGUUGCAAUUAGCAACUUAGAGAAGCAGCUUAAAAACAAUGAUUUUAAAUGGGCACAAAUUGUCAAAGAAGGAGAUCCUGUUCCAUUUUCAAAUCAUGGUUUGCAUAGAAAAACAUCAAGUUUACUAGAUGAUGAAGACAUUAAAUUAAGAAUAACAGAAUUUUUACAUGAAAAAAAUUUUAAAUUUAAUAUUAAUGAUUUUAUUAAUCACCUUUCAUCUGUUAUUUUUCCAUAUGUUGGGCAAUCUUUAUUGAAAAAAGGAGAAGGACAUGGAUAUCAUGUUAGUGAUUUUCUUUGUGAAUCAAUUGGAUGGCUAAAACUUUCACCAGAAGUUAAGGAAAGAAUUAAUGAUGAAAAGUUUCCAACUGAAGCUUGUGUUUUUUUGUCAAUUGGAAAACAGCAUGAAGGGUAUUGGAAUAUUCAAAAAUUAGCUGAACUGGUGAAAUAUUGUGUUAUUAAUAUUAAUAUCAUUGAAUUUUUUACUAAUGAAUUUUUACUUUUAUAA